AGCGGGCGGUGAGCGUGGCGCGGCGGGGACGGGCACGGUGCAGCGGGGCUGGGCGUGCAUUGAAUCGGCCUCAGACGUGCACGGGGCACGGCGCGCACGGGGCUGGGCGUGCGUUAAAUCGGGCUGUAAUUGUGCAUGGCCCAGCGGUGGUUGCAUGAGAUGCUGCCAGGUGCUGGGGUCUACUACUUCCCAUGGGAGAUCAACAGCUCCGUCCCAGAGGGGGAGGCGCUGAGGACGUUUGGCAGGUUAUGCUGCUACAACCUGGCCCGGUCCGAAGCCGUCCUCAGUGCUCAGCGCAGCGCAGCCCAGCACCACGUCUGCGUGGACACCCGACUGGUGGAACCAUUUGAAGCCCAGCUGGGAUCUCUCUACAUGGUCCUAGGAGAGGCUGAACACAGGGAAGGUGAGAAUCCCGUGAUAAAAGCCCGGAUACUGACCUGCGUGGAAGGGAUGAACGUGCCCUUGCUGGAACAGGCCAUACAGGAGCAGAGGAAGUACUUCAGUGAGCGGCAGCAGCAGAUGGGAACAGAUGCGUCCUGACAGCAGCUCCGAGCCAUGCCAUGUGCUGGUCCCCACCACAGCCACCUGGUAGCACUGCCAUUUGCAACAAACAUCUUGAAAGUGUAUUUAGAAGGUGGGUUAGAAACACAACUGCUUUUUGCCAUGGCAGAGAGAAGUCACUAAGCAGGGGAACAUGUGAAGACUGUGAAUCAGUAUAUAGUUGUGGAGCUGCCAGCCUGUGCCAGGUGUCAUCACUGAAAAUAGCUCUGGGAGGCAGGUUUGUUGUUCAAGAGGGUGGGUAAGGAAAUUGCGUGUGAUUUACAACAGUCCUUUUGUAACGCAGGGCUUAGAGAAGUCAGAAAAAGGCAAAGUAUAUGAAACUGGAGUUAAACACCUGUGCACACCCCAACACACACUACCAAGGUGCAGCAGAUAGAAGGUAAAGGGCAUUAGUGCAAAGUUCAUUAGCCCUGCGUGGCUGCGGGUCCACGAGCACACACGUGUGUUGGGUUGCAGUGACUCAGCUGCCACACAGGAGCAUUCCUGGCAAAACACUCAGGUCUGGACUGAACAACAAAGGAACAAGAAGGGCGAGGAGUCACUAUUUCCGGUAGCACUUACCUCUACAGGGGUUCAGGAGCUCGUGUUCAAGGCAGGUUGUUGACUUUAGCUCUAAAUUAAGUAUUUGCAGUGCCCUGAGAACCACCACUUGACUUUCUUCCUUGACACAAUUAAGUUUAGGAAACCUUAAACCACUAAUUUUUGGAAGCAUCUAAAGGUUUUGGUUGAUAUGUUCCUAAAUAA